CAUGUCAGACUCCAUGAUCAUGGACGCUAUCGCCGCCUUCCUGGUGCUGCCCAACCAGCUGCUGGUGCCGCUGGUGCCCGACCUGCAGGAGGCGGCGCAGCUCCGCUCCCCGCUGCCCCGGGGCGUGGUGCGCGUGCACCUGCUGGCGGCGCGGGCGCUGUCUUCCAAGGACCGGCUGAUGAAGGGGCUCAUCGAGGGCAAGUCGGACCCCUACGCGCUGCUGCGGGUGGGCACCCAGCUGGGCACCAGCCGCGUCAUCGACAACAGUCUCAACCCCGUCUGGAACGAGAUCUAUGAGUUCAUGGUGCACGAGGUGCCGGGGCAGGAGCUGGAAGUGGAGCUGUUCGAUAAGGACCCUGAUGAGGAUGACAAGCUGGGCAGGAUGAAGCUGGAUUUCGGGGAGGUGCUCCGGGCCCGGGUGAUGGAUGAGGUCAGUUGGGGGGGGCACAAGCUCUGGGGGUGGGGCAGGGGGCUGUGGGGAGGUGGGCUGUGCGCCAUCGCUGUGCCCCUGUCCCGGCUCCUGACAGCCCCCGACCUCACCUUGGAUCAGUGGUUCCAGCUCGACGCCUCGGGCCCCAGCAGCCGCCUCUACAUGAAGCUCGUCCUGCGGGUGCUUUUCCUGGACGCGCCCGACCCCUGCCCACCGAGGGCACUGCCCGGGGAGGAGACAGCAGCCGAGGGCAGCAGCGUGGACCUGCCCCCCCGGCCCAGCCACACCAGCCCCGAUGCCCAGUUCGGCACCGAGAGCGUGGUCCGCAUCCAUCUGCUGGAGGCCGAGGACCUGGUGGCCAAGGACAACUUCAUGGGGGGGCUGGUGCGUGGAAAGUCGGACCCCUAUGCCCGCGUGCGCCUGGCCGGCCGCGCCUUCCGCAGCCGCGUCAUCCGCGAGCAGCUCAACCCACGCUGGAACGAGGUCUACGAGGUCAUCGUGAACGAGGUGCCCGGCCAGGACGUGGAGUUUGACCUCUUCGACAAGGACAUCGACAAAGAUGACUUCCUGGGCCGGUGCAAGGUGCCGCUGAGCCAGCUGCUCAGGACGCGCUUCAUGGAUGAGUGGUUGCCCCUCGAGGACACCCGCUCUGGGCGGCUGCACAUGCGGCUCGAGUGCCUCCCGCCCACGCCCAGCGCUGCCAGCCUGGAGCAGGUCCUGCGUGUGAACAGCCUGCUGCAGACCCCACAGAGCGAGGAGCUGUCAUCUGCACUGCUCUCCGUGUUCCUGGACCGCGCUGCGGACCUGCCGGUCGGGAAGGGGUCCAAGCCCCACAGCGCCUACAUCAAGCUCUCUGUGCGCGACGUCUCCUACAAGACCAAGAUCUCCCCCAGCUCCACAGAGCCCAUAUGGGAUGAAGGCUUCUCUUUCCUCAUCAAGCGGCCGCACGCGGAGACCCUGGAGCUGCAGGUGCGGGACCAGGGGGGGGCGGUGCUGGGGGCCCUGAGCCUCCCGCUGCCCCGGGUGCUGGCGGCCGAGGCGCUGACGCUGGACGGGUGGUUUCCACUGGGCGACACUGCCCGCAUCCUGCUGCGGGCACAGCUGGGGGUCCUGGUGUCUCAGCACUCAGGCGUGGAAAGCCUCAGUGGCUCUGAGGUGCCCGAGCCGGAGCCGGAGCUGCGCCUGGGCAAGGAUGGGGGGUCUGGGCCUCCUGGGCCGGAGCUGCGCCAGCGCGUGCCCCACAGUGACAGCAGCUCAGAGCCGGCAGGGGCCGUGAUGGGGCAGCUGCAGCUAACAGUCUGGUACCACGCGGAUGAACGCAAGCUGGUGGCCAUGGUGCACUCCUGCCGGUGAGAUGGGGUGGGGGGGGCAGGGCCUGGCGCAG